GGGCGAGAAGGCGAGCGCUCCGCACUUCGCGACAUAAACUCGACGAAAACGUACCGCGGAAAAUAAUACAGAGUGCGCAUUCCAUGAAAGUGUCAAAAUAAUUAACUUAAAAGGUGUUAGCUCGAGUUGAAUCGGUGAAAAGCGAGCUUCGUGUUAAUUUAUUCUCGUAAAUGUGCUGGAAUUUCUCGCUCAUUUUGGUGUUUUCUUUUUCAUAAACCAUCCGAUAUCCUGCUGUGCGUUCUACUCCUCUGCACCUCUUCAUGCUGUAAUCGCCCUCCACGACCAUCAUCCUCACCAUCGCGGACCCGGUGGCGUGCGCCGCACCAACCCUGUACGACCAUGUGCACCCUCCCGGAUCCUCCCCAGCCACCGGAGCGGGGUCUUCCACCGGGGUAGCCUGGUGGUCCAUGAUGAACGGCAGCCUGUACGAAGAUAGCCCGCCGCCAGCCCCCCAGAGCGCCGCGACGCCCAUCAGCAACAGCGGCAUGACGAGUCCUGCCACGGUGCCGCCUCCUGCAGCUACGACGUCGGCGACGAGCAGCUCGUCUCCGGCCAGUGUGACGAGCAACAGCGGCUCCGUGGGCCCCUUGCACAUUCCCGCCAAGAGAUUGACCUCGGGGGGAUACGGAGACUGCGGAGACGGAGUGAUUCGGCACGGACACGGGCAGCCCUGGUCGUACUCCCCCUCGGAGAACCACCAGACCGGCUUCGAGGGGUUGAAUCACCACCAGUACAACGCCCCCACGUAUUAUAACCUGGCAGCCGACCCUUCAGGCAAUAGAGACAGGGGCAAAGCCCCACUCUCCUUCUGGUCACCUGCAGCUACCGCCUCCGCAGGCACUCCGGAGUACAAGUACAGCAGCGUGGCCGCAGGCCCAAGCGCCGAUCCUGCGGUGUCGUCGUGCCAUCAGAGUUUUUCCGGAAGUUCCUGGUGCAACUACUCGCCGUAUUCGUCUGCAACAAGGCAUCACGUGGAUGCCCACCAAGCCGUCCCUUAUUUGCCCUCUGAUGAUCGGGGUAGAGCGGCAGCUGCAGCUGCGAUGGUAGCAGAGAGUGCCUCCUUCGCCCACGCUCACGACAGAGGUUAUGGCCUUGGAAACUACGGCCCUGAGCCUGUUCCGUCUACACCUUACCCCCCUCCAGUUAUGUGGGGAUCAUCCCCAUCUCUCUUUGCUUCAGGUUCCUUGGGUUCUAUGGGAGUGUCAGUACCAUGCGGCGCGGGCACCAAUCCCCUGGAAUGGACAGGGCAGGUAACAGUCCGGAAAAAACGCAAACCCUACUCUAAAUACCAGACGCUCGAACUCGAAAAAGAAUUCCUCUUCAACGCCUAUGUUUCGAAGCAGAAACGUUGGGAAUUGGCACGCAACCUCAAUCUCACCGAAAGGCAGGUGAAAAUCUGGUUUCAAAAUCGACGAAUGAAGAAUAAAAAAAACUCCCAGCGACAGCAGAGCCAACAACAGAACAACAACAAUUCGGCCACCAACAACCAGAAUCACCAUGGUUCUCAUCAUCACGCACCUCACCAAGUUCAUUCGCAGCACCACAUUGUGAACCACCAUGUUUCUGCUAAUGGGACUUUGAAACAUCAUCAGUGACCUAUGGCAUUUUCCGGGGUUGUUCUAGGUCAUCACCAUGGUUUAGCCACCUAACUCACCCGAUUUAGUUCCAUGUAAUCGAUAAGUGCUUGAAUGACUUAGUUCAAUUAGGGUGUAGACAUUCGGCGACCCUGGAAGAACAUUCUUUGCAGUGCCAAAGAGUAAAUUUAUGAUUGUUGAAUUUGUAAAUUUACUGAAUGACUUUAAAUACUUUUUUUCAAUUUGAGAAAUUUGGGCUUGUGCAAAUGAAACUGGUGCAAAGCACGAAAUUUGCUACUUUGUCCGGGUAGCUUUUCACUUCACUGUAAGAUGAAAAAUCAUCCGAAUGAAGCAUUUAAGACUUACAUUGUACAUAUGUCGACUGUAAUUUUGUCAUUAGAUUGUAAUUCGUUAGUAUCUUUAAAUUACUGUAAUCAAUGUUGCCUGUAGUGCAGUGUAUAGUAAAUUAUUGCGGGUAGAGAAUAUUAAAAUACGGGGUGAGUCAAAAUUACGAAACACUAAAUUCAUGUUUUUAUUGUUUUUUACAGAGAUUUACUCUUGUUUUGGAAUUUUUAAGCAUGUUUUCAUCCUGAACCUGUAUCGUGAUUUAUAAGAAUAUUUCGCGAAUGUUGUUUUUAAAAUUUGUAGAAGAAAUUCAUUAGUCUGUUGUAAGUGUUUCUUUUAAUUUUUUUUUGUUGUGUAUAGGGGCACUAAGUGAAAACUGAUAUAUUGAAUAUUGUUGUUUGAACCUGUUAUUUUUUAUAAUUUUGACAGUAAUUUGGAGUAAUAUUGACAAAAAACAUCUGAUAUAAUAUUUUAUAUCAACCUGCUCUAGUUCAGGGUAAUUUUUAUCGAACAGUUUCAAAGAGAUUAUGAGCCAUUGAUUUUAUUGGGAACUUAAUGUUUUCAUUGAUUCAAAGUUUUUUAUGGAACAUAUGUUUGAUUCACCCCUUAUGAAGCCAUAAGUUUCCUGUGUUAAUUUCAGUUUCCUACCUUGCAACUUAAUGUACAUAAUAAAUACUUUUAGGUACCUGUAUAUCUGUGGCUUGUUGUAUACGGUUGAUGCAAAAUUUUAUUUUUCGUUAAUAUUUUUUCAGUUAAAAUGAUACAGCUUGGUGUAUAGUCACUAAACUAUUGUAAUAUACUUGAAAAACUUCUCUAGAAAUCCGAAUUUCAUUACAAAUAAUAUAAACCAUUAUACUAACCUGUCCUAAGGUUCUGUCACGUGUCAAUGCAUGAUUUAGAUCCUGUGACAACUGAAUCAUGGAGUGAAUGUAUAUAUUAUGAUAAUUAAUAAUGAGAUAGGUGAAGUUCAUGGUUCAUUAGUGAGUCAAUAUAUUAAAAGGUUAUUUACGCACCUGACUGACAUCUAUCCUAACCUCCUAAGUUAGCGAUUUUUUUUCAUUGAGCAUAACAAAAAAUUGUUUGGUUCUGGCAUUAAAUUAAUGAUAUAUUCCUCGUCAUUUUUCGUAAUUUCUCCAAUUUGAUUGUAUUCGAAAGGAAUUGGAUUAUUUUGUAAUGUUUAUUGCCAUACAUGAACUGAUAAGUGAGUACAGAAUGGAAAAUAUCUGAAUUCGUGCCUUCCAAGAAGGGAUUCAUGAAAAAAUUGGUUAAAAAUGUAUUAUUCCUAAUUUUUUUCUAAAUUUUUUAUUUCUACCUUUUGGUAUUUAAGAUAUUAUUCAGUAACAAUUUGAAGGCCACCAAUAUGAAUGAUCAAGAAAAUAUGGAAAAAUGGAUUUGGCUGGGACUAAAUAAUUAAUUUUGGGACCUUUUUAGGAAACUUUUCGUACGUGCUAGAAUAACAAAAACUUCACCUUACUCUACUUUUUGAUAAACGAACGAAAAAUGGCGUUCACUGGAUUCAAAUAAAUGUUUCUGUGGAAUGAAGUGAAAUUUUUAUCAAACUAUAUUUUUGUUUUUUCAACAAGCGAUUUAUCUCCAUUCCAAACAAAUAUUUGUUUCGAGGGAACAUUUUUCUGUAUAGGGAAAUUAUAUUAUUUAACAAAAUUUUCCAAUGAUAUGAAAUUGUUAGAAUAGGUGAUUCUGAAGUUUGUCUGUUUAUGAGCCAGCCUUGUACUAUUUAUACAAAUGAUCUCUGGCUGGCGAAUCCUGUUAAUUAUAUAUAUAUACUUAUUACUUUAUCGCGACUUCAGAAAUUGGUUUUUAUUUAUUUAUUUCCAUCACGUUGUGGUUAGAACUAGACAUAGAAAUUGUAUUUUCGAAUUAUUUUGUAUGUAUUUUAUUAAACCGUAUUUUUAAUUGUUGUGUUCA